AGAGCCAGCGCAUCCCAGCAUACACACGGUACUGGAGACUGAGGGCAUCCCAGCAUACACACUGACUACUGCCGGAGCCGCCAGCGCAUCCUGCAUCCCUGCAUCCCUGCAUCCCCUGCCUCCGACCGAACCCACAGGAUCAUCCGCCACAACGAGAAGGGGAAAAGUCUUUUCCGUUUUUUUGUCAUCCUCUUGUGGGUGUGUGAUUUGGUUUCUCUCCGGGUUUUUGUCCAGUGGAUUCGCUGCCAUGUCAAAGUACAGUGCAUUAUUUAUAGGCGUGCGUGUCUUGUUGUGUGACAGCUCUGCCCUAAAAGCUUUUUAUUAGACGCCUCUUCCAGAACUGACUGGCACACGACGUUCCUCUCGGCCGAUGCGUCACCUCCAAGAGAGCCGGGACAACCAGACUGGCUCCGGUCCUCCACUCUGAACCCACUUCGCUGAAAUCUACAUUUUUGGUUGAAUUACUGUUUUUUUUCCUCCGGAUCCAUCAAAGGACUGAUUAUUUUUUUAACUCUUCUUUUGCGUUUGUUUUGUUUUUUGUUUUUUGCACCUGAGAGAGUGGGAAGAGGACGCGGUCGCCAUCCCUUCUCGUCUGUUUUUUGGACGCUGAGCCUUUUUACGCAUGCAGGGAGAAAUCCGUGUUGACACCUGAUCGACUGGCUUCUCCGCGCACAUUGACCCGGGAGCUCCAGGCGAAGCAGGAGGGGGUGGAAAGCAAAUACUCGGGACGAAGGCAGUCAAUGCUCGGCCUGUACUGUUGAUUUAGUUUGUGUGUGUGUGCUCCAGUGUGGGGUUGUAGCCCAGCCAAAGCCAUGGUCCACUGCGCCGGCUGCGAGAGGCCUAUCCUGGACCGCUUUCUGCUCAACGUGCUGGACAGAGCCUGGCACGUCAAGUGCGUGCAGUGCUGCGAGUGCAAAUGUAAUUUGACAGAGAAAUGUUUUUCUCGAGAGGGAAGACUGUACUGCAAAAAUGAUUUCUUUAGGCGGUUCGGCACAAAGUGUGGCGGUUGUUCGCAGGGCAUCUCUCCGAACGACCUGGUCCGGAGGGCCCGGAGCAAAGUGUUCCACCUCAACUGCUUCACCUGCAUGAUGUGCAACAAGCAGCUGUCCACCGGAGAGGAGCUCUACAUCAUAGACGAGAAUAAAUUCGUUUGCAAAGACGAUUACCUAAACAACGCCAGUGUAAAAGAUACCAACCUGCUCUCAGUAACGGCAUGCAGCGAUCCGAGUUUAUCACCGGACUCGCAAGACCAGCUACAGGACGACGUGGUCCUAAAGGACACGGAGAUCGCGGCUCUGUCCGACAAGGAGACGGUGAACAACGAGAACGACGACCAGAACCUGGGCGGCAAGAGGCGCGGCCCCAGGACCACCAUCAAGGCCAAGCAGCUGGAGACGCUGAAGGCGGCGUUCGCUGCCACCCCCAAACCCACAAGACACAUCAGGGAACAGCUGGCCCAGGAGACCGGCCUCAACAUGAGGGUCAUCCAGGUCUGGUUCCAGAACCGUCGUUCCAAAGAAAGGCGCAUGAAGCAGUUGAGCGCGCUGGGCGCCCGGAGACACGCGUUUUUCCGGAGCCCGAGGCGGAUGAGGACUCUGGUGGACCGGCUGGAGCCUGGGGAGCUCAUCCCGAACGGGCCCUUCUCCUACUAUGGAGAUUAUCAAAGCGAGUACUACGGCCCAGGAGGGAACUAUGACUUCUUCCCUCAGGGGCCUCCGUCGUCGCAGGCCCAGACCCCGGUCGAUCUCCCCUUCGUGCCCUCUUCGGGGCCCACGGGGACCCCUCUGGGAGGUAUGGACCACCCUCUGCCGGGCCACCACCCCUCCAGCGAAGUGCAGCGCUUCUCCGAUAUCAUGUCCCACCACCCAGGGGACUCCCCCAGCCCGGAGCCCGGCAUCCCGGGGCCCCUGCAUAGCAUCUCCUCUGAAGUGUUCGGCCCCAGCCCACCCUUUACCUCACUUUCGCUGAACGGCAGUGGAUACAGCAACCACCUGUCCCACCCGCCCUCAGAAAUGAACGAGGGUACUGUGUGGUAGCUUUUUGAGAGUGUGGACUCUACUGGCAAGAGAUUCGGUAACAGAGGGUGGUGAUGUUUGGUGGUGUUGGGGGCUGGGGUCAACAACAGGGACAUGGAUAUUGACAGGGUUAGGGCAACACGAUAGAAUCUUUAUUUUGUUUUUACUAUUUAUUUAUUUAUUUUUUCCAUUUGAUUUGUUUUGUUUUUCAUGGGGAAAUGUGUCUGGCAUAAACAGUAUGCUCUGAACAUUUUCUUCAGUAUUGUGUUUUGGUGUUUCAAGUGCUUCUUUUGCUGCCCGACCUGAAUCCAAAACUGGACUUACGUGAAAAAAGUAACUAGGCGAGACUGCUGAACUGCCCCUUCUAUGACCCCCCCCCCCCCCCCUUUUUUUUGGGCCCCUGGGGGACCCUGUCACCUCUCCUGACUCCUGUCAGUGGCCCAAGCGUAGUGACCAAACCCCUAACACUCACCACUGGGGUAAAAACAACCCUUUCCAAAUCUCCUGAAGUAUGUUCCAAACACAAAAACAUCAUUAGCUACUGUCAAAGACUUCAAUAGCUUUACAGAGAGAAUAAAGGGGCAGAGGGUUGGGUGUGUGCUGACCUGGCACUGUAAGAAGGCUGAGCAGCGUUCAGACUGUGUUCGAGGCACUAGUUGUUUCCCUUGUAUUUAUUCAGAAGCUCCUCAGACCUCUUUGCCUCUCAAGGCUUUGCCAUAUUGACACUUAACAUUUUUGACACUAUAUGUAUGUUUCUGAGGCCAGAGGAAAUGAAAAUUCUUUCUCCUCCUGGACUAUUUCUUUCUUUUCUUUUUUUCCUUGGUGUCAGAAUUUCCACCAAAUCCGAAGACGACCGCCUUCAAAAGGCAACACAGUAAAAGCCCUCUAUGGAUUGCAAUCCCUUUAUUUAAAAUGGAAGUGAACUUGAAAUGUUGAAAUGAAGUCUACCUUCUAAAAAACUUCUACCGGGGUUCUAAAUGGGACUUAGAACAGUCAACUGUUUACGUAAUCUAUUUAAUUCAGGAGUCCAGAAGUCUCGAAAACCAUGUUUUAGAACCUCUUGAUCCACAUAAAAAUGUUCCAAGCAACCAACCAAACUUUUGUAUUGAUUUCAUUUAUAUUGUAUGGAGAUAAAACACAUUUGCUGAGGUUGUGGUUCACUGUGCUAGUUUGUACAAGAUGUUGUUUACAAAAAAGUUUGAAAAAACAAUAAAAACAUAAGUAGACAGUUGCCAAAUUUAAAAAAGAAAAAAAAAAAGAAUAGCACAAAUACUGUUAAAGUGCUUUGCACCAUCAUCUGCAGAACGUGUUGAAAAAUAAUGUAAGUGUUUAAAAGGAGUAAUUGACUUCUUAAUUUUUUAGUCUGCUGACGAUACAUUCAUAAAAUUGUUAAUAUAACAUACUUAGACAGGUUUUAUUUUUGUGUCUUCAAAGGAGAAAAAUCCAAACUAUUAAAAAUUGAUGGUCAAAUAUGCAGCUAGUAACUGCUACAUCUCUUUGAAUAUCAAGCCCUCAUGGUAUGUCUUUUAUUGUUCCAAUAAACCUAAGCUUAUGUGACCUCCAGUGCAUAUUAGACCAUUCACUGUAUAAAUACAACAUGUUGACAGAAAUGUGUUUCUAAUAAAACUAGAAAAUAUAUGUAUGAAUUUAA